AUGGAUUCUGCAAUGGAAAUGCCAAUUCAGUCCGCCGUGAGUAUGCGAUUAGGUAUCCAAAUCGGAGGUUACCAACAACCAGAACAUUUACGGAAACAUUUAACCGAUUACGUGAAACUGGAUCAGUUUUUGUUUCAAAUUAUGGUGACGGAUUAUUUGCGCCUCUGCAAAAUAAUAGAAGAACAGCAGCAAUACUUAGCCACUUUGAUGAUGAACCAUCUACAAGUGGUCAUCAUGCUACGAAAACAUUUGAUGCGAUUUCAUGAUUUCACUGAAGAACUGUUUGCAGCUACGUUAACUAGGGUAUCAUCCAAAAAAUCUAAUCAACCUACUGUAGGUGAAAUAAAUACUAUUAAAAUAGAAAUAUCCAAAGAAAUAUUAAUUAAUGCAUGUGUUGAACUUGUAACCGUUAAUGGGAGACCUUUUAAUCUGAUGGCAGAUUCUGGAUUUGAGAAAAUUUUGACACCGAUAAAAGCAGGUCUUUUUAAGAAAAUCAAGGACAAACAAUUCUCUUUAUCACCUGAAUGCAUUCAAAAAUAUGUAUCCAAGGAAGCGAAUGACUUAAAACUUAAAAUUAUGGAAGAAGUAAAACAUCGUAUGGUUUCAUUAAAAGUAGAUGGUGUUACUCGAAUAGAUCGCUCAUUUCUGGGAAUAAACAUUCAAUAUACUAAAAAUGGUUGCAUAGUAUUAAGAACUUUGGCAUUAAAGGAAAUUAAUAACAAACAUACAGGUGAUAAUUUAAAGAGGAUAAUUAUGGAUGUCUGUAACAGCUUUGAAAUUAGUGCUGAUCAAAUUUAUACUAUAACAACUGACAACGGUACAAAUUUGCUUAAAGCUGUGAAAGUUAUUGCAUCGGAAAAUGGGGAUUAUGAAGUUAUUGAAAAUGAAUCAGAUGAGAGUGGUGACGAAGAAGUAAUUGAAAUAGUCAUAGAAGAUGAAAAUGUAGAAAAUAAUUCUGUCACAGAAAUGGAGUUGGACUUUGGAUAUAAUAUUUUUUCAGACCUAUUCAGGGACGAUUGCGCUACUAGUAAUGAUGUUCCUUCUACUUCGAAAACUUCACCAAGUGUGAAGUUGAAUGUGACUGGUAUGCGAUGUGCUGCUCAUACAUUACAGUUAGCAGUUGAAAAUGCAAUGAAACAAGACGAAGAGGUUAAAAACUUAAUUUUGGAGGCAAGAAAAAUAGUGAAAAUUUUAAGAACACAGACUUAUAUAUAUAUGUUGCGGAAACAAAAAUUUAAAAAACCGUUCAUUGACUGUCCAACUAGAUGGGGAUCAACAUUUGACAUGUUGAAUCGAUUGCUGGAACUGAAAGAAUUUUGUACAGAAAUGGAAUUUACAAAUUUCAGUAAAUUUAAAAACAUGUCUGAUUCUAAUUGGAACAAGAUUUAUGAAAUUGUUGGUGCUUUAGAACCAGCAAGAAAAUGUACAAAAAAAUUACAGUAUGAACAGUUGACAUUGGGAUCUUUCUAUGUUUAUUGGCAGGAAUGUAAGUUGACGACAGAAAAAAUUAGAUCGGAAUUUGCACGAAUUAUUGUCAAGAAUAUGGAAGAAAGAGAAAAUAAUCUAUUUAACAAUGACGUUUUUAUAGCAGGAAUUUUUUUAGACCCUCGAUUGAAAAUAAUUUUAAACUUACAGCAAAUGGAAAAGGCAAAAAAACAUUUGAAACAACUGUGGGUCAGGUUGUUAACAUUGAAAGAAAGUAAUACUGUGGAUUCUGUAACUAAUAAAUCAAAUUCAGAUAGUGGAUCGGAUACCACUACCUCAAAUGAUGAGAUGGAGGUUUUUUUAAAAAAGAAGGAGACAGAACAUAAAUUCAGCAAGGAAUUUGAAAAUUCAUCUGGCAAUACAUACAUUCAAAUUGAAAAUAUUUUAAACUCCUAUCAAAUUGAGCAAGGCCGAGUUCGGAUUUCGAAAGAUUCAACAAUAUUAGAAUUUUGGGAAAAAAGAAAAAGUAUUGCUCCUGAAUUGUAUAUGCUUUCACAGGUAUUGUUAGCAGUACCUGCAACUCAGGUUAGCGUAGAACGCUUAUUCUCUGGCCUUAAGUUUUUAUUACCUCCUACUAGAUUUAAUAUAAAGGACAAAAUUCUGGAACAGCAAUUAUUUGUUAGAACUAAUAGAAUUUUUGGGGAUAAACAAGAAAAGCAGCUUUUUGCAAUCACAAAAGAUACAAGUGAAAAUGAAGUGGGAAGUGUGGAAGAGAAAAUAGACUUAACUGACAAUGAGGAAUCAAUAGUAUCUAGGUCAAGGUCCGGGCAAAAAAAAGGUCAUAUAACAGCCAAGACAAUGUAUUAACUAAUUAUUUAAAAAAAAAU